AUGGAGUUUCUAAGGAUCACGGACCUUAUGAAGGAGCUCGUUGGUGUUGGCUUUAGUACAUUUGGUAUGAAUGUACUAGGCAUGAACUUGGAAGGAAAAGUAGUGACGCCCGUGUAUACGUAUGCUGAAAGGAGACUGACGACGGCCAAGUGGGCAAAGGAGUUACAGCAGAGACUGAUAACUCGUGGAGAACUCGAUCAAGCUCAUAAUCGCACUGGAACGGUCGUGCAUCCGGCCUAUGCACCUGCUACAUUCUUACGUCUUCAUGAGGAAGAACCAAGUGUUGUACAACAGGUUGUCAAGUGGCAGAGUAUUUCAGGAUAUCUGAUUGGCAAGUGGACGACUGUGGCACAGAAUGGAUGCCUUCCUAUCAGCUUCUCGGAAGCCUCAUGGAUGGGAUUGCUUGACUUUAGACGCAGUCAAUGGGACUCACGAUUACUUGAACUUGUUGGAAUGGACAGCAGCAAGAUGCCGCCACUUGCAGAUUCUUCUGUGCCUUUUGUUGGUCUAAACGGGACGUUCUCGAGACGAUGGCCCGAGCUGAAAAAUGUGCCGUUCUUCUUAGGUGUAUCUGAUGGUGCUGCAGCUAACAUCGGGUCCAAGUGCAUCAAUGGAUCGAGGAUUGCGGUGACCUUAGGUACCAGCGCCGCGCUUCGUGUCGUACUGCAUGCGGAAGCAAUGAAGACAGCCAAGGUGCCAAAGGGUUUGUGGUGCUAUCGUAUUGGUAGAUAUCACGUUCUUCUUGGUGGAGCGCUCAGUGAUGGUGGAUCAGUGUACAAGUUCUUCCGCGAGUCACUUCGUCUCAAUGACGAGGAUUUAACGUCCCAGCUCGAAAGAGUUGCUCCGACAAAGCACGGUCUCACCAUCUUGCCAUUUUUGAGUGGCGAACGGUCACCAGGCUGGCUGGAAAAUGCGACCUGUACUAUCAGCGGCAUUAACAGGUGGACAACACCAAUUGAGGUGUUGCGUGCUGGCAUGGAGUCAGUUGCCAUUCGUAUCGGCGUGCUAUAUUCUCUUCUCGCGUUUUCUGCUGAUCGCAAUGCAACAGUUGUCGCGAGCGGGACUGCGCUCACGUCGUCCCAAAUCUGGCGUCAGAUGAUAGCUGAUUCCUUGGGAAAGAAGCUGAUCCUCGAAGCAAGCGCCAUAGAAACCACUUCGCGUGGCCUUGCGGUGCUUAUUGGGACUUACUUGGGCCUUCAUUCGCUCGAAGAGUCUGCAUCGUUUUCAGAAGGGACCACGCAUCUCGAGUACUCGCACCCUGAUGCAGCAGCACAUGCGAUGUACCUCGAAGCACGUCACGAACAGGAAUCUCUCUACCGGAAGCUAUAUUCCGAGAUUUGA